UCAAUCCAAUAAACCUUCUUUAAAUAGAUAAAUUCUUUUAAAUAAUUAAUUCUCUCUAUGUAAAGUUAUAUAUAAUUCAGUUAAGAAUGUGAUAAGAAUAUAGAUAUAAAUAUAAAUAUAAAUAUGAGUAUAAAUAUUGCUACCAGUAUAAAUAUAUAUAUAAAUAAAUAUCUUAUCUAAUUAAAGACUAUAAUCAAUUAAAGACAAUUAAUCAAUUCUUAGUAUCUUAAUAUCUAGUAAUUAAUUAUUCAAUAAAAUCCACAAACAUAAAAUAUUCUAAUAAUAUAUACUGGUUAAUAUAUAAUAAUUAAUUAAUUAAUCGUAAUAUAAUGCUCUAAUAAUAAUACUUCUAAAUCUCUAUGUAUUAUAAAUAUUUUCUAAACUAAUUAGGUAUACUCUAUAUUUCUUAAUUGAUUAAUUCCAAUAAAUAACAUUAAUAUUAAUUCAUCUAUACUUAAGUAAAGAAAAUAAUGAUAAGUUGGAGCAGUGCUUUUCAAUGUUUUUGUUGGCCUCAAUAUGUUUUCAAUAAAGAGGAAAAAAAAAAAAAAACAAGUUCUUUUACAACUGUUGAAGUCUUUUCCGGUUACAGUAUGGCGGCCUCUAUUCUGCACAGUCACUGUAUGUAAUCCUUACUUUGCCAAGAUUUUCUCACUCCUUCCGCUCAGGCAGCUAGCAGCGGGGGUAAAAAAAAAAAAAAAAAAAAGAGUCCAUUCUUCUUUUAAUCUCCUCUGUUUAAGUUAUUUCUCCUCACCUUCGUUUGUCUAUUUUAAAGUUUUUAAAACUUUCUUCGCUGCUCCGUAUUUUGCCCCUUCCUCUUUGCUCGCCUUUUCAGUUGCCGCCCGGUUCCACUUUGAGAUCUUCCUUCUUCACGCUGUCCCUUCGGAAAGAAAAGAAACUUUCUCCUCGGUUUUGCGCCAAAAUUAAUAGUCCAAAUUAGUUCCGUUUCUGUUCGACCUCAGCAGUUCUGCACUGUACUCCCUCCUUUACUCCCAGUGAUCUCAAUCGGCUCGUUCGAGUCUCCGGGCCGACUGUGCUCACCGCGCCAGCCGACUUCUUCCCGAGCCUGGAUUGAGGGCUCUUUACGGUACGGCGGGAGAUCGCACCUCUCCUCGCCUCCCCCAAAGCUUCCCCUCUUUAUUCCCGGUCUCUUCGGGACCGGUCUCCGCCAAAAACAGGCACCAAAGCUCGGAAAAUCGGCAACAGAGAGAGAGCGCUUCUCUUCUGUGCCGCCACGACUCUUACGUCCCCAGCCAGGAUCCCUGCCUCCUUUUUCCAAUGUGUUGGAAUGAUAGCAGGAACCAUUGGCAGGACGUUUUCAUCCUUAGGUCCUCUUUAACUGGAGACGGUCUGCUUUUGUGCAUGAAUUCCAGAUUAGAAUAGAAUCACAGAGUUGAAAGGGACCUUGGAGGUCUUCUAGUCCAACCCCCUGCUUAGGCAGGAAACCCUACAGCACUUCAGACAAAUCGUUAUGCAAUCUCUUCUUUAAAACUUCCAGUGUUGGAGCGUUCACAACUUCUGGAGGCAAGUUCUUCCACUGGUUCAUUGUCAGGAAAUUUCUCCUUAGUUCUAAGUUGUUUCUCUCCUUGAUGAGUUUCCACUUGUUGCUUCUUUUGUCCUGCCCUCAGGGGCUUUGGAGAAUAGCUUGGCUCCCUCUUCUUCUAUCUUGGAACAAGAAUUCUCCUGGAUCAAAUAGAGGCCAUGUAGUUGCUUCUUAAAAACAAAUUUGUCAAUUAUUGAAUCCAUAUAGAGAAUUUAUUAGAAUCCUGGAUUUAUUUUUACAACUAAGGCGGAGAAGACAUGCAGCAAACUAAAGGGGAAUAUUUGGAGCUCAGGGUUGCCAUGAGGGGGUCUCUCUCCCUUCUAGCGAUGUUAGUUUGGACAAUGAAACGUCUGCAAAAAGAGGAGCCCCUUCCCCCCUCACGUCCAGCACAGCUUGAUCGUCUCUUCCCCCAACACCAACCCUGUGAGGUGGGCUGGACUGAAAGAGCAGCUGAUUUCAAACUCAGGGUCUCCUAAGGUCCCAGAAUAGACCCAACUGGCUGCCCUUCAUCGACUGAUAUAAGGUCGCAGGCCCAGAAGAGCCCCUGACCUCCCCCUCCCUCAAUAUGGAGGUGGGGGGAGGAGACUGGACUCCAAAGUUCAAAGGGAGCCCCCCCCCACCGUCCCACCUCCGCCCCGGACCGUAAUAACCCGUGGCACCGCGCAGGCGCCAUCUGGCUUGUUGAAGGAAGGACGCUGAUUGGUCGAGCUCGGGAUUUCGGCGAUUGACGAAUGGACUCUGAGGAGCAGAUCCUCCAAAGGAAAAGGCGGAACUAGUGGAGAAAAAAGGGCGUGAAGCCUCCACUUCCGGAAACAAAAUGGGCAACAAGGGAGCUACCUGAAUCAGCGACAGAGGAGGCCGUAUGAUGCAGGUUUGGCGCAAGGGAUGCUUGUAGGGUCUCUUUCGGGUCUGCUUGAGGCGGGGGCUUGGGCCUGGGCCUCCCCUGUGGGGAAGGGGAGACAGCCGUGACCCUCUUCUCUUUCUCCCCUGCAUGAGGACGGAGGAUGGUGGCGGAUGCAGGAAAGAGGCGCCGGCCGAGAGGAGGGGGAGGAGAGCGGGCCCCGCAGAGCAGCCCUGCCCGGUCCCAGCACGGCUUCCCCGGGAGACGGCAGGGAAAGGCUGGGGGCUCCAUGGCUGCAGGAGGGAGGAGCCCAGGGGGAGCCCGGGAAAGGCGGCUGCCUGGAGGGCGAUGUGGGGAGGAGGAAAAAGGCGGAGACCCUGAGAUGGGCCUGGAGGGCGGAGGCUCCUUCAGAAGACCCCCAAAUCCCGGAAGGAUCCAGGAGGAAGCAAAGGAACAUCAGUGCCCAGAAUGUUGGAAAACCUUCAAAAUAUACGGAGAUCUUCAAAGGCAUCUAAGAAUCCACACAGGAGAAAAACCUCAUAAGUGCCUGGAGUGUGGAAAGAGCUUCAGUCAGAGGGGAGAUCUUUAUAAACAUCAAAGGAUCCACUCAGGAGAAAAACCUCAUAAAUGCUUUGAGUGUGGAAAGAGAUUCAGUCAGAGGGGAUAUCUUUAUACACAUCAAAGGAUCCACACAGGAGAGAAACCUCAUAAAUGCCUUGAGUGUGGAAAGAGAUUCAGUCAGAGGAGAUAUCUUUAUAUACAUCAAAGAAUCCACACAGGAGAAAAACCUCAUAAAUGCUUUGAGUGUGGAAAGAGAUUCAGUCAGAGGGGACAUCUUUAUGUACAUCAAAGAAUCCACACAGGAGAAAAACCUCAUAAAUGCUUUGAGUGUGGAAAGAGCUUCAGUCAGAGGAGAUAUCUUUAUAUACAUCAAAGAAUCCACACAGGAGAAAAACCUCAUAAAUGCCUUGAGUGUGGAAAGAGAUUCAGUCAGAGGGGACAUCUUUAUAUACAUCAAAGAAUCCACACAGGAGAAAAACCUCAUAAAUGCCUUGAGUGUGGAAAGAGAUUCAGUCAGAGGGGACAUCUUUAUAUACAUCAAAGGAUCCACUCAGGAGAAAAACCUCAUAAAUGCCUUGAGUGUGGAAAGAGAUUCAGUCAGAGGAGAUAUCUUUAUAUACAUCAAAGAAUCCACACAGGAGAAAAACCUCAUAAAUGCUUUGAGUGUGGAAAGAGAUUCAGUCAGAGGGGACAUCUUUAUGUACAUCAAAGGAUCCACACAGGUGAAAAACCACAUAACUGCUUUGAGUGUGGAAAGAGAUUCAGUCAGAGGAGAUAUCUUUAUAUACAUCAAAGAAUCCACACAGGAGAAAAACCUCAUAAAUGCUUUGAGUGUGGAAAGAGAUUCAGUCAGAGGGGACAUCUUUAUAUACAUCAAAGAAUCCACACAGGAGAAAAACCUCAUAAAUGCCUGGAGUGUGGAAAGAGCUUCAGUCAGAGGAGAUAUCUUUAUAUACAUCAAAGAAUCCACACAGGAGAAAAACCUCAUAAAUGCUUUGAGUGUGGAAAGAGAUUCAGUCAGAGGGGACAUCUUUAUACACAUCAAAGGAUCCACUCAGGAGAAAAACCUCAUAAAUGCCUGGAGUGUGGAAAGAGCUUCAGUCAGAGGAAAUAUCUUUAUAAACAUCAAAUGAUCCAUUCUGGAGAGAAACCUCAAAAGUGCCUGGAGUGUGGAAAAAGCUUCAGUCAGAGAAUCACCCUUUAUAGACAUCAAAGAAUCCACUCAGGAGAAAAACCUCAUAAAUGCCUGGCGUGUGGAAAGAGCUUCAGUCGGAGAGGAUAUCUUUAUAGACAUCAAAGCAUCCACUCAGGAGAGAAACCUCAUAAAUGCCUGGAGUGUGGAAAGAGCUAUACUGAGCGUAGUAGCCUCAAUCGACACCAAAUAAUUCACGUGGGAGAAAAAUGAUAAACACGCCUGAGUGUGAGAAGACCUUCAGUCACGGUGUAUCUCAGGAAUUGAAUUGAAUUGUAUAUUUAAUUUGUCCAAAUGUGAAUAGACACCCUAGGAAUUCACCUAGUGCAUAUUCAUGAUCAUUAUAAUAAUUCCAAUAAGAGGAAUUAUUGGUCUUUACUCCAAAUGAGUAAAGAAGACAAUAAGGGUAAAUAAUAAUUGCCAAAUAAAGGACUUUCUCAGGCUGAAUAAUAAAGGACUUUUUCAAUUGUACAUGCUAGAUUUUUCAACUGGUCUAAAUUGUACCUUUUCACAAGAGACAUGCCAUUUCCCAUGUGAAUGUUCUUUUAAUGCAAGUCCCAUUUUAGUGGUUAUGAUUAAUAUUAUGGGAUGUUACUGUCCAUGUCUCUGAUGUAACUGUAACUUGAGCAGGGUGAUUUCUUCCAUGCAAUCAGCUCUUGUUUUGUAUUUUUUCCCCCUACUGUAUGGAGUAUAAAAUGAAACCCGAUUCUGUGUCCUGGAUUCCCUCUUUUCAUUAAGGGAAAUCUCUUUGCUACAAUAUUCUAAUAAAUUGCCUUUAAAUUUACA